GCAGUGCAUUGUGGGUUGAGUAGAGUGGGUGUCUGUUUAUGAAUGGCCUGAGUGGAUGGAACAAUGCUCCCUGCUCUGAGCCUCUGACAUUUUCAUACAGAACUGAGGAGUUGAAAGGAGGAGAGAAACAAGCCCACCUCCUCCUCCUGCCCCCAUCCUGCCCGCCCCGCCUGGUACAGAAGGUGGCAAGAGAGGCCUCCAUCCGUAUGUGUGCAUGUCAUUGUGAGUGUUUGUCAUGCCACGGUUUUUCUCUGCUGAUUAAUGCUUGAUUUGAGCUAAGGACGUCUGGAACCUUUUGACUGGAAGGACGAAGAGCAGGAGGACUUUGAAGAACCAGAACCGCAGGAGCAGAGAGACCAGUUCUUCCCCUUCAGGAGAGCCCAAGAGUGGAAUCUGGAUCUGGUAUGAGACAAAUCAGAAGGGAAGCUGAGUUGAUGUGCUGUGAGAGAACGCCCCCUUGUUUGUGAGGGAAGAACAGCAGCGGCUAGUACACCGUUGGAGAGGGGAAUUAAAGUUAGUUGCGGUUCAGCACACUCUGCCAGCAGUUCAAGAGGUCUAUGGUCCAGAUUUAAACUGAGACCAUGAAAGGCUUGGAGCUGCUGCUGUUGCCUCUGCUGCUUUUUUUGAAAGAUGUUAGGGCUCAGUGGAAUGUGUGGAUGCCCAGAGACAUUUCAGCCAUGACAAACUCCUGUGUGGUUAUACCUUGUUCAUUCACAUACCCCUCGGGUAUCAGGCCUUACAGGGGGGUCCACGGGAUCUGGUAUUUCGGCCACCCCUACCCCCAGCUUUUCCCCCCAGUGGUGUACAAGUCACGCACAGAUAUUGUUCACGAAAGUUAUAAGGGACGGACCAGGCUACUGGGUGACCUGACACAAAAAAACUGCACACUGUUGAUAAGCAACGUCGGCGUGGAACAUUCUGGGAGGUAUUACUUCCGUGCUGACCUGGGCGGAGCGAACAUCUACACUUUUCCUGACUUCACAAAACUACAGGUGUUGGAUCAGCCCAACAUCGAUGUUCCAGAGGAGAUUGUUAGUGACCAAAGCCUGGACUUGACCUGUUAUGUCCCAGACAAUUGUCCAGACAUGAGUCCAGAAAUCCACUGGAUGUACACGGACUACCUGCCCGACCCUGUUUUCACCCCUGACACUGUUGAGGACAGCAACACUGCUGUACUGUCCAGCACCCUCACCUUCACACCCAAACCUAUGCACAACGGCCAGAUGCUGGGCUGCCGGGUCCACUACCAAAACACCACCUUCGUCUAUGAACGCCUCAUUUCUCUGGACAUCAAGUACGCCCCUCGAACUGUGUGGGUGAACGUGUCUCAAGAGGUGAUGGAGGGAAGCUCGGUGGUCCUGCACUGUGAUGUGGACAGUAAUCCAGUCCCCACGAUAACUUGGUAUUUUGGAGACAAAGAGCUGAUGUCGGAAACAGCCUCAAAUUCUUCACUGCCCCUGGAAAACUUGACCCCAGACGAGGAAGGUGUCUACACCUGCGUUGGUGACAAUGGCUACGGCAGCAUGAACACAUCCAUGUAUCUGGCAGUAAAUUAUCCUCCACGGGAGCCAUGGAUCAAUGAAUCUCUGACCGUGAUAGAAGGAACUUCAGUUGCUCUACAGUGCAUCAGCAAGGGUAAUCCAAUGCCCACGUUGACCUGGCUGAAGGAUGGGGAGCUGGUGGGCACCAUCACAGCGGAGGAGGGGUCCGUGCUUGAGCUGCACGAGAUCACACCGCAGGCCGAUGGAGUCUACCGCUGUCUAGCUGAGAACGAACACGGACGGGCCAGCAGCUCACUUAACAUUACAGUAGAAUUUGCCCCUAUCCUUCUUGACGACUCUAAGUGCACUAUAGUCCGUGAGGGCGUUCAGUGUGUGUGCAUUGCCUCGGGAAACCCUGAGCCUGCGAUCGAAUUCUACCUGCCUGACCUCAACAUUACCAUCAAUAGCUCCAACAACCGUUUCAACUACUACACUCACUCGGAUGGGUACACAUCCACGGGAAUCAUCAAGCUCCAGGACAAGGGUGAAAGGGGAAACAAUGGUGAUACCGCUGUCCAUGUGCACUGCAGUAUCAGCAACAUGUACGGCUCCGAUACCAUCCGCUUGGAACUGCAGCAGGAGAAAAAGUACAUGAUGGCCGUCAUAGUGGGGACUAUUGGAGGUGUGGCGGUCAUCGCCUUCAUCAUCGCAGCUGUGAGAUACGUGGGUCAGAACAAUAAAAAAGAGAAUGGUAACCCUGGGCAGGACGUGGGAUCUAAAGUGGAGAAUCCCUCAAUGUUCUACAGCGCAGUCAAGAAGGACAAACAGAGUCUCAGGAAAAAAGUGCUUAAGACUGAGCUCCUGGGCUCAAAGUUUAACUCCAUCCUAGAGGAAGGCACGGGAGACGACGGUGAUUACCAAUCUGUGGGCCCAAUGGCAGGCAUGGAGAGGCAAGAGCUGAAUUACGCCGCCCUAGAGUUUCUCCAUGGACGACACCGGGAGGGUGGCUUCAGGAGGGCUGAUGGUGACGGCAGCGAUUAUACUGAAAUUAAGGCCAAAUGAACCGCGAUUCUUCCCUGAUGCCUCGGCCAAACGGGACACAGUGGCCACUAGGGCCCAAUCAUCCCCCCUGCCCCACAAAUUUUCUAUUUCAUCCAUAUUAAAUGUGGCCUUUUCAGGGGAAAACGGUCUUAAACAGCUAGCGGACAAUGUGCAGUUAUUGUACAAGGUUUUUGAGCUCUCUUACGUCUCUGAGGUUCUGGGAAUGACACUUUCCCUUACCUGUAAAAGAUACAUUAGAGUUUCUUUAUAUAUUUAUUAGUUUUUUGGUUAUUUAUACCCAUUCUUGUUUGUAACCAUUACCAGAUAUUUGUCUCUUAAUCAGAAAUGAGAGGGUUUCUCUUGGUUUAAAAGACAAAACUUUCCAAAAGUUUCCAAGAGUUACAGCAGAGACUUUCUCAUAGUUUGAAGCAAGCUUAAGGGGAUCGGUAUGGUUUAGGGAGAGUCCCAGUCACUAGUGGUCCUUUUCACUGUGUCCGCUGUAAGUCGAAGCAUCAGGGAACGAGGUGCUAUGUGCGCCUCGACAUACAGAAUAAGCACUAUCCCCAACUCUGGGUUUGUCCAGAAAGACUAAUAUUCUUUCAAAUACAGCCAGACUACAUGUACAUUGAUACUUUUAUCACAUACCCAGAAGUGAUUGUUCAGGGGAUAAUUCACCCAAAAAAUGAAAAUUAACUCACCCUCAUUUCAUUCCAACUGCAUGUUGCAAGAAUCUCUAUUCAAUUCUUACCAUACAACAAUAGUUCAUAGUGACCACAUCUGUCAAACUUUAGAAAGGCAAAAAACAUAAUAAAAGUACCAUUGCAUGCUAUUUUCCAAGCGUUUUGAAGACAUUAUUGACAUCAAUUAUGCCAAAACUUCAGAAAGUGAUGCCAUUUUUUAAUUCUGGACUCAAACGUGGACUAAAUUUUGGAGUUUGUGAUGGCUGAACUAUUGCUUUGGAUUCUUUAGAUACUUUAGUAUUUUCAUAUGAAUUUGGAACAAAAUGGAGGUGAAAAUAACAGAAUUUUCAGAUUUGGGUGAAGUGUUCCUUAAUUUUGGCUUAAAUUUGUACUGUUUUUUCAUUUCACUUUAUACUGUAUCUUAAUUAUUUGUAUUUGUAAGUGAAAACAUGCCAGUAACUGAAUUCAAAACUGGUUUAUUGAAUGGUUGCUGGAUUUUGUUUGUCCCAACUACUUUGUGCCCUUUUAUUCAGAUAUAUAUUUAUUUUAAAUAUGUUCCAAAUACAUUGAGGAGCAAAAUCACCCUGUUAAUAAUUCAGCCAAUCUGGUAGGAAGUAGUAUAUGAUAAUGCCUGAUGGCCAUCCCUGCCCCAAAACACACUGCAAUCCAAAAGGGUUAAGCUGACAUUUGAUAUCAAUAGAAAGUCAUAUUUAAUAAUGGAUGAUUGUAGCUCAUCCUUUGAAACUGAAUAAGAAAUAACCACCGUUUGGAACAUAUAGUAAGGUAUCUCUUUACCUAAGGUGCUUGAAAUAAAUGUAAUGUUUUAUGUAAUCAUAUAAUCCUCUGGUAAGUUUGUGUCCAGUAGAUGUUUGUUAAAUGGUCAGUAUAUGCAAUUAGCCCUUGAAAUGCAAUUUGACUAACAGAUUAAUGAGUCAUUAUGAUAUUAAAUUAAUUGCAUCUUACAUUCAUAAAGCAUUCAAUGCACCUUGGUAGGAUACCGAUGUAUGUAAAUACUCUGCAUGAUAUAUAGUUCUUUGUGAAGCUUUGACUCCACAACAAGAACAUACAUUGUGCAACAAUGGUGUAUAUUUUGCAGAAAAUCACACACACACACAAAUUGACAUUAUAUGUGCAUAUACAAUUAGUAACACAGACAGUCCAUGUUUGAAGAUAAAUACACAGAUAUUUAUUUGUAAGCAGAAAGAUUUGGGGGCGCAUUUCACUUUGAGUGUUGUAAAGAAUAUUUGUAUGUAUCUGACUGUGUGAUGGCAAUAAUAAUGAACAAAGUAAUGUUUCCUAAUUGACAUAAUAAUGCAGAACAGAAAAUCUCCAAUCGUCAUUUAAAUAAUAAUUUACAUGAUGUUCUUUGCUUGUGUUCUUUUUAUUUAAUAAAAGUCUCCAGCCACAAA